GGGGUUACCUACAAAAUGGCGCUUAAUCCUUUUACUGAUAUGGAUUUAGCAGAGAUGGCACAUUCUUAUAUGGGACUCAAAAUAAGCGAAAAGCAUAAACAAAUGUUUCUAAAUGCCACACAAUUUGUAGCCGUUCCAAAUACGAAGCUAAACCAACCCACUUCUAUAGACUGGCGUGAUCAAGGUGCAAUUGGCCCAGUCCAAGAUCAAAAGGCCUGUGGUUCUUGUUGGGCAUUUUCUACUACGGGCGCGCUAGAAGCUCACUACUUUUUGAAAUACAACGAAUCCAUCACAUUAAGUGAACAAAAUUUGAUAGAUUGCUCUACAGAAAAUUCGGGUUGUCAGGGUGGUUGGAUGCUUUCUGCCUAUGACUAUGUACGUCUAAAUGGUGGCAUUAAUCCUGAAUCCAAAUAUCCCUAUGAAGCUGUUGACGGCCCAUGUAGAUUUCAAUCUGAUUAUAUUGCUGCUACUUGUGAAGGUUACAAUAAAAUACGUGAAAAUGAUGAACAGCAUUUACUAGAGGCUGUGGCCUCAGUGGGGCCCAUUGCAGUGGCUAUUGCUGUUAAUUCUAAUUUUAUGAAUUACUAUAUAUACGAUGAUCCAGAUUGUACAGAUCAUGUGAAUCAUGCUGUUUUGGUGGUGGGUUAUGGUACCGAAAAUGAUCAGGACUAUUGGUUGGUUAGAAAUUCUUGGAGUUCUGAAUGGGGUGAAGGUGGAUAUAUUAAAAUGACACGUAAUAAGGAUAAUCAAUGCGCGAUUGCCAAGUAUGGUUCAUAUCCGCUGGUAUAAGAAAAAAUAUUUAACUUAUUUAGAAUUAAAUGAUUUUAACUUUAUACAAGUAAUAAAACCGAUUUAAUAAAA